AUGCUUAACCAUUACUUCCAUGAUCGCUUGAUCCGUGAUUGCGGGUCGAAUGUUCUCCUUUGGCUUUCUUUGCAUGACUUUUAUGCUUUUAUAGAUUAUAUCAAGUCACUCGAUUAUUGGAGAAAGACACAAAGGAUGAUUAUCGCACGCUAUUGUAACUUAAGGCCAUAUCAGGAAGUGCUGUUAGGCAAGCAACAUCCAGAACAGUUGAAUAAGUGUGAAUUCAUAGGGGAUUCAUGGCAGUUUAUUUACCAAAUCUAUAAAAGCAGGAGAAUUUAUUUUGAUAAAGAGAGUUGUCAGUUUGACGAGUCAAGAUCCUCAUUUGACCAUGGACUGUUGAAAAUCAAUCGUACCUACUUGCUAAAAUUCAAGAAGCAGGUGCGUCUACCCGCUGGAAAAUACCGUUUUAUUGGGACUGUGGUACUUGAGAACCCUGCCGGACUUAGCAGUGUCAACUUCAAAAUCGUUAACAAAUCAUCAGGUGAGGUUCUAUGUGAUUACUUCCCACCUUCUUCGAUAAAGAGUCUGGUUCCAGGAGCAAAGCUCUGCGUUUUGAAUAUGGGUGAUUUUGCUUUGGGCAGAAAGAAUGGUACGCUGAAGGAAAUAGAUGAUUUUACAGAUCUAGAUGUUUUGGUCGAGGAUAGUGAGUUUAUGAAGGCCGGUUUCACUCUUUGCUAUCUUGAUAUCUUGCCGAUCGGUCGCAAUGUGCAUAGGCCACCAACAUGGGUAUUCUGGACUAUCGAUAAUCAAACGCCAACUCCAGAAAAUGUUACAAAUGUGCUCUUGAAGCGUCUGUACGAUUCGAUAGAGCAUUCUGUGUCUGGUAAGUUGGAUCUUGAUCCUGCCCCAUAUCAACCUCUUGGAAGUUAUAGUAACGGACAUGGACAUUUUGUUUGUCCAAAGCUUGCAACUUCUCCUGAAGAGCAUAAAGAGCGUAACGCUAGCGUAGGAAUUGAUAUCAGCACAUAUUCGAAAGACUUCUACACCAAAUUCAAUAAGAAAGGUGAGCUUAUCACUCGUACCUUCAAGUUUUUCACAGUUAUAGAUAAAAGGAAGUAUGACAAGGUUCUGAGCCGACGGAGAGAAACCAUGGAAAGAAGCAGCAAAGAACAUCAAAAUGAGCCGUUGAGAUGGAAGUUCGCCCAUUAUUUGGCCGUUUGA